AGAAGUGAUUCAGUGACUGAUCAGUGCAGACGACGGAACGUGAUCGCUUGGAACAAGCCUUGAACUUUUAAUCUUAGAGGCAGUGAGUUGUACAUUGUGAAGCGCAAAAAUGGUCAAGACUGUCUUUAUCGGUUGCAUUAUUCUAUUAUGGCUAGGAAUUUUCGUCAAUGCAGACGAUGACCGCAUCACUUUCCUGGAUGACGACGAUGAAGACGAUUCCUUUACCACUUCCCAGCGGUUGGACCUGGACGAUAUGGAAUACGAACAGGACAACGAAGGCGACACGUUGAUACCGCAGCUGAGGCUUUCGCACGACCAACAGGAAAACUACAUAACUAUUCCGGACAAGGAAGGGGAAUUCCAAAUCAUGUCACGAAUGGCGGUCCACGAAAGCCGUCAGAACAGCUCCCAUUAUGAUGCGGCCAAGUAUGUUCGGUUUCGGUUCUACUCCCGUGCCAACAGCAGCCAAUCCAUGGAGCUGAGCCUUGACGAUAUCGAAUCCCUGCCGCAUGACCAUGGGUUCAACGUACUGCGACCUACGAUGAUCCUGAUUCACGGGUGGCUCGGCAGUUCCGAGUCGGAAGUCAUUGAACCUUUGGCGAAAGAUUUCCUAGAGCAAGAUAACUUCAAUGUCCUCGCUGUAGAUUGGGAGAAAGGCGCCCAGACGCUGCUGUAUCCAGUGGCUCGAUAUCGUGUGCCGAAAGUUGGCAAACUGGUAGCAGCCGUGGUCGAUAGGCUGUUGGACUUUGGUCAAACGCCGGAUCAGAUUGGGAUCAUUGGACACAGCUUGGGGGCACACAUAGCUGGUUUAGCGGGAAAGAAUACCAGACGGAAGGUAGCCUGCAUCGUCGGACUGGAUCCAGCAUCGCCUCUGUUUCGUCUGAAAAAGCCCGCCAAGCGUCUCUCGGACAAGGAUGCACAGUACGUAGAGGUAAUUCACACCAAUGGGAAAGCGCUGGGAAUAUUCGCCAGCAUUGGGACGGCCGAUUUCUAUCCGAAUGGAGGCGUGAAACAACCUGGAUGUGGAUGGAACAUCAGCUGCAGCCACCAGAGGGCAGUAGACUACUUCAAGGAGUCACUCAAGACGAGGGAUUACUUUGCCGAUCGGUGUUCCGACGUGAAAGAUUUGAACUCGCAGUGCUCGUUGGGCAAGGCAACGUUGGGUGGAUUCAGCGCUCUCAGGAAGCGGGGUAAGCCCAGGGGUGUCUACUACACGCGGACUGCCGAAAAGAAGCCGUUUUUGAGAAGUGCGUGAACUAUGACGGAGUUGGAAAUUAUGAAACAUACAUAGGGUUAGGAUACAUUACAGUAAGUCCCUGCAGUUCUUUGUUGUGGUUAGCAUGCUUCGAGGUUGAAUCGUAAACACUGCAAAAUCAUUCUCUUUUGAUCGGAAUCCUAAAAUCCAUCCCUACUACCCUACCGAUACAUCUCUUAUGGUGGUAAUUAUCAUUGGAUUAAAUCCCGAUCAAGAAUCACGGGCUGUUCUGUUGUCGUCAUCAGAGUUAAUCAACACGAUUCUAAGCAAAUAUUUUGCGGAUCAUCCAAAUAGCAUCGGUAUUAAAAGUUAAUCCUAGAUAGAGCUUAUCGUCAUUAGAGAUUUUAAAAGUGAAUAGGCCAAAUACAAAGUACCUGUUGGGUUGGCUGAAUGAAUCGAUAAGAGUAAUUCUCGUUGGAGCCAGGCCGCCAUUGACACAAGUUCUUUAAAAAUUGAAACUUAUGCGCUUGAUUGGAUGAUCAAAUCAACGAC